UUUUUUUUUUUUUUUUUUUUUCUCUCGGCGCCAAACGGACGACUGGCGCGUUGAAAAGAUAACACCUCCAUACGCACUCGCAAAGGAAAUUAUAUUAAUGAUUCACGGCUCUUGUGUCGCGAUUAGUCACAUUUUCCUCGGCCGCAGUUGCGCGCAGUCCGAAGAAAAAUAGAAAAAAGUUUCCACCUUCGACUUUUCCUUUAUCUCCUUUCAAGUCCUGGUGAGACAAAGUGAAAUUAAAAAAGAAGGUACAACCAAUAAAGUGGUGAUAUAUAUAUAUAUAUAUAUAUAUAUAUAUAUACGCGACAUCCGAUGGCCAGUAUCGCUCGAGUCGCGAAAAGCCUCGUUGGUGUUUCAAAAGUGGUAUCUACUGGCGACAUGGUUGGCAGGUCCUUGGAUCGUCGUUAAGGGUCACGGGGUAAGCGCAAAAAUCGUCAAUCACGAUGAUGGGGAGGAAAAGUCACCCCGUGUGGCUGUGCGCGUGGCUACUGCUGGCCACUUGCGUCGCUAUCGUGCCAGCCGAGGAGGAGGAUAACGGGGGCGAGGAGAAGCAACCGAAACAGCAAAACCGGCCAAAGGGCAUCUGUGCCCUCGAUGGCUGCAACUGUUCCGUCAAGGCGCACCACUGGGUCUUCGUCAAGUGUAACUUCACCGACGACCAGGACGUUGAAAUAUCGGAGGGCAUGAUACCCGAGGACACGAUAGAGGUCGAAGUGAAGCAUUGCCGGGAGCUGAGGAUCCAGGCCGACGCGUUCACGGGGGGUAGCCAGCUGAAGCGCGUCCGAGUCUCGGGAAUCGACAGCGUCGUCGCUAAUCGGCAGGCUUUCCAGAACAUCACGGCCCCCAAUCCCCUGCUCGAGGUGGCCAAGUGCAACCAGGUGGUUCUGGAGAGCCACGCCUUCCACAACACCAAGGGUCCGCUCAGCGUGGCCAUAUCCGAGUGCAGUAACGUCGUCAUAAAGCCCAACGCCUUUUUCUGGCUCCUCCAGAUCACAGUCAAGGACGUGUCGAACCUCGUGCUCUCCAGCAAUUCGUUCAGGUUCGAGUCCCCGCAGCACGGACGGCAUGGACCAGCGACAAAGAUAAUGUUCCAGAACGUAAUGGUUCCGGUGCUGCCAGAGAAGGUGUUCCCCUCGACCGUGGCGGAAAUUCGUAUGGAAAAUUUCUGGACGAGAGCGAUAAAGAAGGACGCCUUUUGUGCGAUGAACAUUCUGAGCGUGAUGUUGAAGAACGCGUCCAUCGUCGAGAUAGAGUCCGGCGCCUUCAGCGACAGGACGCUCAUUUCCAGCUUGGAGUUCUUCGACGUCAGGGUGAAAACCGUGCACUCGAGAGCUUUCAGAGCUGGAUCUAACAAUCUCACCAUUCAGUAUUCCAGGCUGUUGGACGUGCAAUCUGGCGCUAUCGAUAUCACGGUGGCGAGCGUGACCUUCAACAACAACAAGUUCCACAGACUUCACCGUAACUCGAUCGCGUUCCACCAGUGGAACCGCAUAGCCAUCGAUUACAACAUCUUCCAGUACUUGGAAUCCGAAGCCAUGGUCAUUCCGAUUGUGGACACCGCGAAAUCGACCAACCUCGAGUUCUCGUUCACGAGUAACGACAUCCACGACGCUGAAACAAAAUCCCUGUCUUUCAUCGAGACCUCCCAGAGGGUUCCCAAUGCACGGGUCAGCAGUAAUUACUUCAACAGGACCUGCAACUGCAACCUCCAACCAUGGAUCCACGAGCGCGUGGGUAGCAACGCCUCGAUUUCUUGGAUCUUUGACUCGAGCUACUGCAUCGUCGACAAGCUGCUCAGGAACUGCUUCGACAUGCGCGAAGGUUACCUGGGCAUGCGCAACUACACCCAGACAAUCUGCACCAAGACGUCCCACACGAUAAACUGCAUUUACCACACCAACAAGUCCGAGACGGUCACCACUCCACCGAACGUUGGUCCGCACCAGUACCCGAGCCACCGAGGAUACUUCGACAUAGAGAUGAGCGACUUUGAGCAGUUGAAGCGCGAGAAGCUCAUCAUCAUCAUCGUGUGCGUCACCGCGGCCAUCACCCUCGUGAUAGCCGUCUUCACCUACAGCUGUUUGUACAUACGUAGACGCGGAGUUUGUCCCAAACUAAUCUCUGGCCAACCGAACCUGAACAACUCCUGGUUCUCAGCCACGAACGGCAUGACAGCUGCCACCUCGGCUAGAUCCAUCUCCAGGCUGAGCGUCAUCGAGUACGCUGGCCUCCAACCGGAGACGCAAACGCGGAUACUCGACAUAGAGGCACACCAGGAUGCCGUCGAAGAGAACGAAGGCGCAGCCGAGGGUUUCAACGCCUCCUACUCGGAAAACAAGGCCACGCAGACUCUACCCGAGGAACUGACUGCCGACUACUUGAAGGAGCUCAAGGAAAAACUUUACGACCCGGAGAACUACAACCACGCGAGGGCCAUGAUCGAGCACCUGUACGACUUGAUAAACGUCGAGGAGAGCUGCAACAACAACUACGAGAGGAGGAUGUCGGCGGACAACGAUGCGUACGACGUGAUAAGGCCGCGGGUAAAGAGGAGCCGAGCUGAAAGGACGCCGUCUGUGAAUGUGGGCACGAAGGCCCCGUCGUUGGAGAAACUGCUUCCCAAUCUGGUUCGGCCCAGACCUCAGCUGACGGAUUACGCGCAGCCGAGGGACCAGCAGAUUAUCGACCAGAACCACCUGUACACCGAGCUGCCGGGUGACGAAACGGUGCCGAGCACCAGUAGGCUGCCUCAGCCGGUGCUGGAGACCCUGGCCCACAGAGCCCAGCAGCUUUUGCCACCAGACGUUGUCAAUGGCCACAUGAACGGGAUCUCCAAUGGGUUGAUUUACGCCGACGAAGAUUACGACGACAGAAGGUUACAGGGUGCCGAGAGGCGAGCCAAGUUCUUCGGGGAUUCGGGUAUGACGAUGACAGGUACGAGGAAGGCCGAGGGCAAGAGGCCAAAUUUCUCGCAAGGGGAGUUUGCCGAUCCGGGAGUGCUGAACGCGCACUUGUACGCCGAGCUGACGGAGCCCAGGCAGCAGAUGUCCAGUGCUGCGUCGAACAAAAUGGCCAACAGACCACUGCCCACGAAGCCCGACCAGCAGGACGAACAGAUAGCCAAAACGUAGCCGUCUUUGCUCGCUUUCCUGAUCCCCUCCCCGAGGAGACAGUCAUUUUGAGAUACCUUGGGAUCAACGUUUUUGCACUGCCCCAUGCCGAGCGUUUCUGUUUUUUUGAGAUUGUUACGGAUGAUUUGUACAAAGUGUGAAAUGUAUUUUUUAUUUCGAGUUAAUAGAAACGCUCGCGCGUGAGAUCGGAAAUGUCAGUCCGAGGUGUCUUGCAAGAAUCAACAACCAUUACGCCUAUGUCUGUGAUAUCACAUUGUCGACUUGUAUAUAAAUGUCGGCUUCCGAAGAUAUAAUAUGUAUAAUU